GCGAUCCCGCACCAGCGAUCCCGCACCAGCGAUCCCGCAGCGCUCCCCUAUCCCGCACCGCUCCUGCACUGACCCCACAGUGAUCUCGCACCGAUCCCGCACCGCUCCCGCACUGAUCUCACACCGAUCCCGCACCGACCCCGCACCGCUCCCGGCAUGGGGAACAUCGCCUGUGUCCCGCAGGCUCCCGGCGGCUUCAGGAGCUCCUUCCGAAGGAAACCUUCGCUGAAAAAGGAACAAAACGGCAAGAAAAAGCUGCCUGGCUUCUUCGGGCUCGAUGGAGGCCAGGAGCGGGACACGAGCACGGACAAAAUCCUGCAGUACAUCCCAGCCAAGAUCCUCCAGAAGCAGGAGAACCAGAAGGAGAACCUGGACCAGAGGCUCCCCAGCCUGUUCAAGAGGGGCCGGAGGAAAAUGGUUGUCAGGGAUUUGGGCAAAAUGAUUUACUACUCCAAGGCCAAGCUGAAGUUCCAGCACUGCCAGGAGGUCCACAGCUGCUUCCUGGAGCUGUUCCAGUCCCACCUGUACUUCCAGUCCUCGGGUCCCAACGGCCUCACCUACCAGGAGCUGCUGCCUCUGAAGGAGCUGCAGGUGCAGGAGCUGGGGGCUGAGCAGGGCCCAGGGCAGCAGGACCACGCUCUGCACAUCUCAGGGCCCCUGCUGAACCCGCUGGUGGUGUUCUGCCAGUCCAAGGCCGAGCUGAAGCAGUGGCUGUACCACCUGGAGAAGCAGAUCCAGCUCUGUGGAGGGAGCCUGGCCCUGCCCCUGCUGUCCCAGGGCCCCGGGGACAAGGAGGAGCUGCGCUGGUCCGUGCAGAACCUGCCCGUGCAGGACUGGAGGGGAACCCAGCGAGAAUCCCUGGGAGAAAUCCUCUGCCUGUCCAAGGUGAAGCUGCAGCACCUGCCCUUCCAGGAGCAGCACGAGCGGCUGCUGGUGCUGUACCCCUCCACGCUGGUGAUCGUGUCCGAGGAGCCCGGCGGCCUGUGCUUCAAGGGAGAGCUGCCCCUCAACGCCAUCCAGGUGCUGUUUGAGGAGAACGACAAAAGCUCCUUCCUCAUUGAAGGCCGACUGAUAAACUCCAUCCGGGUGACCUGUGCCAGCUACCAGGACUACCAGGAGUGGCUCUACUGCCUCAACACCGCCCAGUUCCGAAACGCCGACUCCUCCCUGUCGGGCUCCGAGAGCUUCUCGGUGGGCUCAAGGCUGCCACAGCCCAGCCAGUUCCCCAGCAGUGUGAGGGGGUCCCUGAGCUCCGAUGGCCAGAGCAGCUCCUGGGCGUCCGGGGGCAGAGUGACGGCGCUGACGGCGCUGACCGCGAGCAGCGGCUCCCUGCCCGACGCCCCCUCCUUCCCGCUGAGCCCCGAGGGACGCCCGCUCCAGGAGCCGCUGUCCCCCGGCUACGCCCAGCCUCUGCACAGCCUGGCCGUGCCCAGCUGGCCCAGCCCAGCGCUGCCCAGGCAGGGGCUGCGCAGGGGGAGCAGCGCCAGGAGCCGCCGGGGCCGGGGCAGCGGGCACGGGGUGCCCAGCCAGGAGCAGGAGCACGAGAGGAGCCUCUGCCGCCUCCUCCCCAAACAUCCCGGGGCAGAGCUGCUGUCCCCCGUGUACCAGGAGCCCUACUGCGCACAGGGCACCCAGCAGCACCCCCUGGCACCGCUGGGCACGGGCACGCUCCUGCAGUGCCAGGGGCAGCCCGGAGCAGCCCAGGGGGCAGUGCCCGGUGCCCAGCAGCUGUCCCUGGAGCAGUGGCACUGCCAGCCCCUGCCAGGGCCCUGCACGGUGCCCACCUACAGCACCCCGGGCACCUCACGGCGGCUGCAGCUGCGGGCACCUGCCCAGGGCUCCCACCUGGGGGAGAUGUGCUCCCUGCCACAGGAACAGCCGGGCCCUGAGCUGCAUCCCCCAGACGGCCCCUAUGACCUGGCAGACGCCGCCUGUUCCUGCCGGGACUCCUCGUCCUUCCACGACUACGCGGAGCUGCAGAGCUUCCAGAGCGACCGCAGCUACGACAACCUGUGGGAGGCGGAGGAGGCGCAGCCGGGCGGCCCGCACGUGUUCCAGGUGUGAGGCUGCUCCAGGGGCAGGAGAGCCCCGAGCUGUGCCCCGCUCCUGCCAGUGCAGGGCUCAUCCCUGCCCCAAACCGUGUUCCAGGUGUGAGGCUGCUCCAGGGGCAGGAGAGCCCCGAGCUGUGCCCCGCUCCUGCCAGUGCAGGGCUCAUCCCUGCCCCAAACCGUGUGCCAGGUGUGAGGCUGCUCCUGGGGCAGGAACAGCCCCGAGCUGUGCCCCGCUCCUGCCAGUGCAGGGCUCAUCCCUGCCCCAAACCCCAGCGUGGGGCUCAGCAGAGCAGCGCCGGGCUCUGUGGGGCUGCACGAGCAGCUGUGCCCAGGAGGGUGCUCCAAAAAUACCAGCUGUGCCCAGGAAAACCAGCUGUGCCCAGCAGCGUGCUCACAAAAACCAGCUGUGCCCAGGGAAACCAGCUGUGCCCAGGAGGAUGCUCAGAAAAUCCAGCUGUGCCCAGCAGGCUGCUCAAAGAAACCAGCUGUGCCAGCUGUGCCCAGCAGCGUGCUCACAAAAACCACCUGUGCCCAGGAGGGUGCCCAAAAAAUCCAGCUGUGCCCAGAAGGCUGUUCAAAAAAAAAAAUCCAGCUGUGCCCGGGAGGAUGCUCAAACAAACCAGCUGUGCCCCCUGAAAAUCCCAGAGCAAACAGGGCCAGGCUGCCUCGGGUGAAGGGGACUCGGUUUCCAGAGGGAGAACCCAAAAAGUGCCUGGGUUAUUUGGAUUCCCUCACAUUAGGGAUGCCCUGGCACAGCCAGGUUGUUUUGGGGGUUUUUCAGGAGGUUCCCAACAAAGUUUACAUGUAAAGGCUGAGUGGGUUCUUGUAUUUAAAUGUAAAUGUUGGUGGUUGAAGAGAUGUUGAAUUUUCCA